AUGGCACUCACGCAAACCCCAAACAUGCAGAAAGAAGUGGUGGAAAAACUUCAAAAACAGAUAGAAGAGCUCGAGGGAAGGGUAGAAGCAAGAGAACAUUCACCAGAACCUGAAGUGAGGAUGACCGCUCCAUUUUCUCCUAGUAUAAUGGAUGCGCCCCUCCCAAGGGAUUUUAGGUUGCCCACCAUCAAGGCCUACACUAGGACUUCUGACCUGUAUGUCCACAUGACAAGGUACAAGGCAGCCAUGGAAAUGACCGGGGCAGGCGACGCCUUAAUGUGCAGAGCAUUUUUGACCACUCUGGAUGGAACCGCCCAAGAUUGGUUCAACACGAUUCCAGAUGGUUCGAUCCAAAACUUUGCGGAGUUGUCCAAACAUUUCUUGACUUAUUUCUCUGGGCAUAUACAACAUAAGAAACCAUUUUCACAUCUGUACGGAGUAAAACAGGACAUCGACGAAAGCUUAAGAAAUUUCUUAAGCAAAUGGAAGACGAAAGUCAACAAUGUGUGCGACUUCGAUUCUAAGGCGGCAAUCCUCAUGUUCAUCCAGGCAUUGAGGUCAGACAAUUUUCAUAGACAGCUGAACACUCACCAUCCACGCUCCUAUGAGGAACUAAUGAGGAUAGCAAACCGCUAUGCUGAGGCUGAGGAGGCUGAUAGAAAGAAGAAAGAUGAGGAAGAGGGCAGGAGGAGUGGACGACCUGACAAAGUUGGUCCGACCAACCACGCACCACACCCAAACCAGUUAUCCAUAGCGAAGGAGAAAGUUCAAGAAAAGGCCUCGGCUCGCCCCACCGCGACACUUAACACCUCUUACUCACCCAGUUAG